AUGGAGGAGGUCCACCAGAACAACAGUAAUGGCUCUGAGUCUCAAUCUAUUGCCAUCCCCACUACUAUAACUGCCUCUCACAUAUCACAGAUAGCACAGAUGUCUCUGGGUGGGAAUCAAGUGGCUGUGGUUCAGCUUCCCAGCGGUCAGUUCCAGGUUCAAGGUGUGAUUCAGUCAGCACAGUCAUCAGUUAUCCAGUCUCCACAGGCACAUGCACAGGGUCAAGGAUCUGACAGUGAUGACUCUCAGGACUCAAGCGACAGUGGGGCAUCUAACCAGAAGUCAAGAGAGAUCUUGGCUCGCCGCCCAUCCUACAGGAAGAUUCUAAAUGAUCUAUCAGCUGAGGAAGUGGCGACUCAGAACGAGGGAGAAGAGGAAACUUCUACCUCCUCUGCCAUAACAAGUGUCUCGCUCCCCACUCCAAUCUACCAGACAAGCACUGGCCAAUAUAUUGCGAUUUCAUCCAAUGGCUCUCUGCAGCUCGCCAGUGGUUCAGAGGGCAUGCAAAGCCUGCAGACUCUCACCAUGACCAACUCGAACCCAAGCCAGCCAACUAUACUCCAAUAUGCCCAGACUGCCGACGGACAACAGAUUCUGCUGCCGAGUAACCAGGUGGUGCUCCAAGGUGCUGGGGGAGAAAUGCAAGCUUAUCAGAUCCGCUCCUCUUCCUCUUCGCUGCCUCAGACCGUUGUCAUGACAUCACCCGUUAUGAGCUCUCAGGGCAAGAGCGAUGACCCGCAAAUGAAGCGAGAGAUACGCCUGGCGAAGAACAGGGAGGCAGCCAGAGAGUGUCGCAGAAAGAAAAAGGAGUAUGUGAAGUGUUUGGAGAACCGCGUGGCUGUCCUGGAGAAUCAGAACAAGACUCUUAUCGAGGAACUCAAGACGUUAAAGGACCUGUACUGCGUUAAAACCGGCUAGUGGGACAUCUCUCCAAUCUUGCUUAUGGGACUUUACUGGCAGACCUGUCUGCCUAUGUGCUUAUACAAAAACAAACACAGGGACUUUUUUUGGCUUGGAGAAUGCAUUUAAUCCUCCUGUCAAAUGCUUGUUUUUAUACAACUCAUUUUUAACUAAUAGCCUAAGAACGAUUGACCAGAAACAAUAGCAACGAUUCUGCUUUUAAUAGAUAGAUGGAAAGAGGGAUUCUACAUUUUUCCAUUAACAUAUUUUUCUUUGCAGUCAACAGAUGUUUAUAUUUGUAUAUGUUUCUUGUGCAAGCAUUGGCACGUCUACACUGGGAGAUAUUGCUUUAUUCUUGACCCAUUUGGUUUCCAGGGAAUUUUGAAUGUUAAUUUUAUUGAAGCGCUAGCUGAUGUUUUUUUUUUUUUUUUUUUCUAUGGUAGAAGUGCAGAAGUUACAGUGAUAUUUUUACACCUUUCUCAGAAGCGCUUGUAUGUAUGAAAUUUGUGACGCUAUUGUGUGUUUCAUGGAGUCAUGCAGCUGUGUUCUUUGCAUUUUUGCUAUUUCCCCCUUUAUAGGAACCUCUGGUAUUCCUUUCCCCAUUCCAUAUUUUAUUUUACUGAGUUUUAGUGAGACGUUUUCUACAGAGACCGCAGAAUUUAAGGUGAGGACUUUCAGCUUUAUUAUUAUUAUUUAAACAGUGGUAAAUUCAGUUAAGCCUUAUUCUGGAUUGAUACACUAGUCUUGUAUAAUUUAAUCUGUGCCCUUUUUAGUCCAAGCCUUGCUAAUAUGUCUGACUGAUCUGUAAGCCAUAUACACACUUAGGUUGGGACUGUUGGUUUUAACUGAGCAAUUGACCCAAGGUUUACCACUGUUUAUAAGCCAAGCUGUUACAAGACAAUCGAAUCAGGGAGCAUCCAAUGAAAAAAACAAUGUCACUUGUUUUUGGUAAAGUGAAAAAGCUAAAUAAAUAUUUUUCCAGCCUUUGA